CAUAGAACAAUGGGGAAAAACAAGACAAACCGCGCGUUGGUAUUGAUUGCUGGCGUACAACACCGCCAAAAUAUCGAUAAAAUUAGGUGUAGUCCAUUCGGACAUUACUUUGUAAGAUCAUGGCGUCUGAUUAUUUUUGUGACCAUUCGGUAGCUUACGGUGACACGCCUAGGGAAUGACGUACAUUAUCCAGCGAUGCUGUUUUAUGCGAGACUUGCGUGAGAGCCGGUCCCAGAGGACAAGUUAUUUGGAAGGGACCGAGUAGUGCCUCCGCGUUGUCCAGGUGAAACUCACCUGGGACAAAGGUGGGCACGGAAAGUGUGUUGACCUGGAUAUCUGACGCUUUUCACAAACCGCGUGGGAUCACGUGACCGGUGGAACGUUACACCUGAGGCAACAAGGUGGAACAAAAGGGACGAACUCCAACCUUUCAACUUGGCGUGCCUGAGGGGGUGGGGUGAGCAGGUAACCACAGUACACAUCUGGACGGGGGAACGGCAGACUGGAAACGGUCCCCUCUUCACCUGAAGCAAAGGUUCCACAGCAAUGGAGACUGCCACACCUGAACCAGCCUGCCAGCCGCCCACAGACGAUGACGUGGACUACAUGUACGAUGUUUUACUGUCCUACUGUGACAGGAACCGGCCCUGGGUACUGUACACCCUCGCUUCGGAGCUGGAAAGGGACAACAGCUUCGUACUGUGUCUCAGAGACAGAGACUACGAGUCUGCUAAGCCCAGACUGCAGAACUUCGUGGAUUUUGCCCACAUUAGUGCGAGUAUUGUGGUGGUGUUGUCGGCGGCCUACUUGGCGGAUGGACCGUGUCAGAAAGAACUAGACCGCGCCAUCGCGUCAGGGAGGACAAUGGUGGCCGUGCGGUUUGAUGGAUGUGAGAUUCCUCCUCCGCUCAGGGAGAGAACAGCUGUGAUGUUAGACCGCAGUGACGCGGCUUUCUGGGACAAGUUACACAGCUUUCUCCGCACCUAUCAGGUCUCCACGCCUUCACAUGCAGGUGCAUGCUGCUACCAGAAAGGGAGAAACACUAGUUUUCCCAUCAUGCCUCGCGUGGUGGUGGAGCGUCCCCAUGACGUAGACGCUGUGGUGGUUCUGGUACAGAUUACCAUGGAGACGCUGAAGGGGCUGGGGAGGGCAGGUGGGAGGAGACGGGAACCCCAUGUCGUCGGGGUUGUGGGGGAGGCCGGUGUUGGGAAGACCGUGCUGGCUCUACAGGUGGCGCGGAAACUAACGGAACUCGGCAAAAAGGUUUUCUGGAUGUCUGUUGGUGCACACCCUGACAUUCUCCACAACCUUACACGUCUGGCAGCCGCCAUGGCCGGCCGGCAACUUUUCUUCUCGGAGCUGCCUGAUGUAGUGAACUUUCUCAUGACCUUCACGGCAGGCAAAGACUAUGUCGUCAUUUUGGACGACGUCCAGGACGCAGCUGACGUCUUCGACGUCAUAUGCUCUCUGGCGGGAAGCUGUGUGGCGUUCGUGACGUGUAGAAAUCAGGGGAUGUUAGUGAGACUUCACGUGCCGCCGUCAAACGUACACGUUCUGGGCGGCUUGACUGGGACCGCGGCCGAGCUCCUGCUUCUGCGUAGUGCAGGGCUUCACGGAGAGUUAAAGCAGGGUGAUCCGAGAGCUGAGGCGGUGGCAUCGAUAGUACAAGUGUGUAACUACAUACCCGCGGCGACUGUUCUGGUUGGGUCGAGCGUUUGGAACCCGAAAGACCCCGACUGGUGGAAAGGAACUGCCAGGGAUCUUAAGGAAACUGAAAAUGAUCCCCACACCAGCAAGAUAUUAGGGAAAGCGUUGCACGUUAGUUAUGACUCUCUGCGAGGAGAAACUGUGCGGCUCUGUCUUAUUGACUGUUGCGUGUUCCAACCGGGAAGAGACAUCCCUUUGACUACACUGAUAGUGUAUUGGAAGUACCGGAGGAACAUAUCAGAAAGUAGCGCGCGAGGCGCCCUGUAUCAGCUGUAUAGUCGCUCUUUUAUUCAAAGGGGAGGUCAACAUUCCAGUUACCGCUUCCAUACGUCUGUACUCAGUUACGUGAAGGCGAUGUUGAAGGAACCAGAGUCUCAGCUGCAUAGGGAUCUUCUGGAGUCUUGCCGUACGGUGGGAGGGGGGACAUGGGCGGAGUGCCUCCAGGACGGGUAUUACUAUCAAAAUGCCGCUCAUCACUUCGUCAGGGCGGGUUGGACCAGUACACUUGUCAAUCUUUUGACGUCAUUUCGUUGGCUUAAAGUCAAGCUCACGCACACAGAUGUAACGUCAUUAUUGUCUGAUUUUAAGGACUUGAAAGCACUGACGCCUUUUCCUUCUCCUAUACAAGAAGUACUAGAUACAAUUCGUCUCUCGGGUCUUGUUCUUGCCAUCGACAAGUCCCAAUUUGAAGGACAGUUCCUGGGUCGAUUGUUAAAAUCGUCUCAUCCUCGUAUUCAGAAACUGAUCUCUGAGAUCCAGCGGGAACAGAGGGGUGAUGUUGCCUUGUAUCCAUCCUCAGCGUGCCUGGGUCGCCCGGGAGGAUGUUUAGUUCGGUCGUAUUAUGGGCACACAGACGCAGUGUUGUGCGUUGUGGUUACAAAUUUUCCCGACAGAAAACGCGUCUUUACGGGCUGCAGAGACUUCACCAUACGGUCCUGGGAGCUUGGCUCUAGCCGGGACCUGGGCGUUCUACGUGGUCACCGCGGCGAAGUGUGUGCGCUACACCUGAGAAAGGACGACAGGUUACUUGCCUCAGCGUCGUGUGACUGCACCAUCAAACUGUGGGACACAAACAGGCUCGAGCUGUCCGCCACUCUGACUGGUCACGAGGCCGGGGUAACAGGAGUAGCGUUCACUCUGGACGGGAGGGGUUUGGUCUCGUGUUCUCGUGAUGGAGUGUUGAAGGUUUGGGAGGACACAGUUCAGAUACCGUCUGUUUCAAGACUCUCGGUAUACAAAACCUCGAUGACGCGUUCGCUCUCCUCGUACGGCAGUUCCUGGAACAUCAAGAAAGACUUGGUCGCACACAGCAGUCAGAUCACAAGCCUCUGUUUCUUUCACUGCAGCAGUAGGGUGGCCACUUGCGCUGCUGAUUCGCUGAUCAAGAUUUGGGAUCUGCAAGAAAAAGAUCCAACAAAACGUGCUGGCACGCUCAGAGGCCACCGGGAUAUCGUCCGCAGCGUGACCAUGACAAAGAACGAUGCGUAUCUCAUAUCCUGCGCAGACGACAAAAUCAUCGCUUUGUGGAACACUGAAAGAUCACUUCUCGUCAGAACCUUGGUAAAUCCAGAUGGACCUGUAGCCGCGAUAUCACUGUCGCCAGACGAUACCACACUUGUGUCAGUAGGUGGCGCUUCUGAGUCAAGUGUCAGACUGUGGAACCUACACACAGGACAGAUCAUUGGUACACUGAGAGACUCCUGCACAUGCGCGUUACUGGUAGAAACCACCGACGAAACAAGACUCAUUGCAUGUAAUGGUAAUGAUAAUAAGUGCAAUAUUUGGCAAUUUGAUUAUUCUAGUACAGAACUUAUUUACUCAAACACCUCAGAUGUCAAUGUUGUCUGUACCACGAUAUCCAGAGAUGGAAAACUCGCCCUGACAGGAUCAGACGACGGGAAAUUGAGCACGUGGAAUGCCGAGACAGGGCAACUUCUGGGUUCUUAUGCUGUAUGUCAAAGUUCAGUCUCAGUGUUAAAGUUAUCUCCCGACAACAGCAUUGUUGUAAUGGGGUUUCAAAACGCAGAACUUGUUUGCUGUGACGUUAUCUCUCUGAGAAAGAAAUGGACUUCGCAUGAGCACCAUGGCGCUAUCCAAUGUGUGUACAUCACGGAAGACUGCAAACAGAUCGUAUCUGGUGCGAGGGACAAACAAGUCCUUCUUUGGGAUGCUUUUGAAGGUAUCAAACUGCGCUCUUUUGUACUCGACGACUUUGGUGCUGUAUCCGUAUCUAUGGCUGGAGAAACCGUGAACGCCGGUACAGCAGAAAACGUCCUGUACUCCUGGACCGUAGGAGGCGAUGACACAGGCAACGCAGUUGUUGGCCCGAAGGUGGAAUCUCCACCUGUUCCUGUCGUUGUUCUGCCAGAUCAAUGGAGGGUCAUCAGUGGAGACCUCCACAGUCCGGAUUACGUCACAUUCGACGAAGUCGGUCACGAGUGCCGACACCGCAGUGGGCACGAGGCUCCGGUGAGCGCUUUGGCCGUGACACUGGACGGCACGACUCUCAUAGCGGGUUCUGUUGCCGGCACCCUUACUGUCUGUAAUCUCUCCGGACAAGGCGAGCCCGCGUACUGUAUCAGUCCGAGCGAUGUCUCCUCAGAUCCUGGUCUUGGUGUGGAGAUAAGUGCGAUCGGCGUCACCAUGACGACGGGCCAAAUGACGUUUCUAACCGGUGACGUGGACGGUGCAGUAAAACUAUGGGACUCUGACACCAGGACUGUCCGUAACCCCGCCGACCGUUUUCAGCUGCUUGGUGCCCAACAGAGCGGUGUCACUUGCUUCUGUAACGCCACAGACUCUCUGGCUGUUUCGGGUUGCAGAGGAGGAACCAUCGCACUGUGGGACCUGAAAGAACGACACAGGGUGAGGUGCUGGGAGGGGCACCACGAAGCAGUGACGUCAAUCGACUGCACAAAAUGUGAUGACGACAUCACGGUCAUCAGUACGUCAUUAGAGGGGACCAUCAAAGCAUGGCGUCUCACAGAUGAGCCCCCUUCCCCUCUCCGUGUGUGGAAGUCAGCGCCGACUGUGCCGGCUCCUCGCCAUCUAGCUGCCUUCACUUCAGAAAGAUCUGCUUGUUUUAUCAGCGGGUCAGACGGCGGAUCGCUGUGUGUUUACACCAUUAAUGGUGAAGAUUCUCGAGAGAUUGUCACGGACCAGGGCAGUGUGAAUGGUCUAGGCGUGUCCUCAGACGGGCUAACUGUCCUGUGUAGUCAUGUGGGAGGAGCUUACUCUUGUUGGAAGCUUACCACUGGCGAAACCAUCGUUACAAGGCAACGAUCUUCAGGAUGCACUAAACGAAUCACGGCGGCCAACAAGAGUACAAUUCUUAUGUGUCCGAUGCAGUCUGUGAUAUCAGCUGAAGACAAUAGGCUUAUCAUAUGGGAUGCCAAACAUGGAAGUAUCAAACAAGUGACUUACGGUGCACAUUCGUACGUCAACCGGCAACAGAACUGCAACAGCAGAGGGCGUAAAGAUUAUUGUGCUGGAAAUCCGAAAUGUUACGAGAUAACCAGAAGAGGUGUACAGCAUCCGGCUCAUUGUCAAUCUCAACGACCGCGAGUGACCGCUGUGACCUCGACUGAUAACGGUGAACUCAUUGCAUCAGCGGACGAGAGCAACACCGUCCACGUGUGGUCCAUAAACACUGGGAACGAGCUUCUCUUCUUAUGUAGCUUCACGUUUGACCAUAAAAUCACUGACUUUUCCAUCUCAGGCUCGGGGCGCAUGUGUGUGCUGCAAGGCGGAGCCCGCCUUUGUUUUCUGGACAUAAGAAAACCUGAUGACUGAGUCUUGUAUGUCUUCUGUAUCCUCGAGUCAAGACCCAAACAUCUGUCCU